GUUCCCAGCAGGCCUUGCGCGUGGGAAGAUGGCAGCGUCCUGGUGGAGAUCUUGAGGAGAUCAGCUCGGUAUGGCGUUGGCUUCGGGGCCUGCAAGGCGGGCGCUGGCUGGCUCCGGGCGGCUCGGCCUUGGGGGCUGCGGAGCCCCGAGACGCGGAGCGUACGAGUGGGGCGUGCGCUCCACGCGGAAGCCCGAGCGUCCUCCACCGGAUAGGGUGCACGAGAUCCCUGGACUGGAGCCCAUCACCUACGCGGGGAAGAUGCACUUUAUGCCCGGGCUAGCGCGGCCAGUUUUCCCGCCCUGGGACCCUGGCUGGACGCACCCAAAAUUUCGCCGCUUGCCGCCUCUUCACGAGCACCCACUGUACAAGGACCAGGCCUGCUACAUCUUCCACCAGCGUUGCCGCCUUCUCGAGGGUGUAAAGCAGGCCCUCUGGCUUACCAAGACCAAGUUAAUAGAAGGCCUUCCUGAGAAAGUGCUGAGCCUUGCUCAUGAUCCCAGGAACUACAUAGAGAACCAGGAUGAACGCGUUCUGAAUGUGAUCUCUCAUGCUCGUCUCUGGCACUCUACUGAAGACAUCCCCAAGAGAGAGACAUACUGCCCAGUCAUUGUGGACAGUCUGAUACAGCUCUGUAAAUUCCAGAUCAUCAAGCAUCCUUCUCUGGCCAGGCGGAUCUGUGCCCAAAACAGCUUGUUAUCCACCACCUGGAAUCGAGAGUCUGUUCUUCUUCAGGUCCGUGGUUCUAGCAGAGCUCAGCUGAACGCCAAGGAUCCUCUGCCCCCUAUCGCCUCCAGAGAGGAGGUGGAAGCUACUAAGAAUCAUGUUCUUGAGACCUUCUAUCCCGUAUCUCCCACUAUGGGUCUUCAAGAGUGCAACGUUUACGAUGUGAAUGAUGACACAGGAUUCCUAGAGGGUUAUCCUUAUCCUUAUCCCCACACCCUGUAUUUCCUGGAGUCAUCCAAUUUACAACAACACCGCUUUCAACCAGUUCAGCUGCAGGCCAAGAUGAUCCUGUUUGCCUUUGGCUGUGCCCUGACUCAGGCCCGGCUCCUCUAUGGGAACGAUGCUAAGGUUUUGGAGCAGCCGGUAGUCGUGCAAAGCGUGGGCACCGAUGGACGUGUCUUCCAGUUCCUGGUGCUGCAGCUGAACACCACAGAUCUGGCCCCUGAUGAGGGUGUCAAGAAUUUAGUCUGGGUGGACUCAGACCAGCUCCUCUAUCAGCAUUUUUGGUGUCGCCCAGUGGUCAAAAAGAAGGUGGUUGUGGAACCUGUUGGACCGACUGGUUUCCAGCCAGAGACUUUCAGGAAGUUUUUAGCUCUGUAUUUGCAUGGUGCUGUGUGAGCCAAGGACCGUUCCGAGGCCUGGAGCCCCAUCCUUGCCCGUCUCCCAUGAGUGUCCUGGGUCCUGGGUAGUGCCUGGGGCCUGCCUGGAGCCGCUGUGCUCCUGUGUCUGGGGGUUGUGCAGACAAUAAAGAGCCCUUCCGGUGCA